GCCUACGAGCUCGCGGCGCGCGGCCUCGGCCACUGGGUCAAGUCGCACUUCAUCCCAACUCAGUACGACGACAACGGCAACUCGCACCCCGUCCGCCGCAGCCUCUCGGAGGCCGGCGACUUCGAGGCCCGCGGACUGGAGGCAGAGGCGCUGCAGCGCUCCCUCGAGGAUGAGCUCGACGCACGCGGUCUCGGCCACUGGGUCAAGACGCACAUGGACUACGGCACGCUCGUCGACGGCCAGAAGGGCCCGAAGAACCCCGACGCAAAGUGGCGCCGCUCCGUGGACGCUGACUCGCACUCGCUCGGAGACGUCGAGGCGCGCGGUGUCGGUAAGUACAUUGGCAAGAAGGUGGUGGCCAAGCUCAAGUAUGAGCUGCCCUUCCGUGGCGUCUACCCGUCGCGCCGCUCCGAUGAAGGCGAGCCUGCAGGCGAGCUGGAGGAGCGCGGCACCGUGGGGAAGAAGAUCGGCAAGGCGGUGGUGGCGAACUUGAAGGUUGUCCUGCCUAAGCACGGCAUUUACCCCUCUCGCCGUUCAGAUGAGGACGAGCUCGCCGCCCGCAACCUCAUCGACGUCGACAUGGCGCCCACCUCGGUCAUGUACAGCCGCGACGCGGACCUCCUCGGCGCGCGCGGCUUCCGCGACAUCUUCCACCACGACGAGGAGCUCGAGACCAUCGGCGAGCCGCACGGCCAGGUGCAGCAGAUCCAGCGCGACGACCUCGAGGUGAGAAAGCUCGGCGCCAAGCUCUCGAACUUGAUCAAGGGAAAGGGCAAGGGCAAGAAGGACAAGAGCAGCGACGGCGGCAGCGCCUAUCGAGCGGGCUCGGCUGACGCCGCGCCGCAGGACAUCGGCCCCAUCCGCCGCGACGCCGACGCGGAGCUUCUCGAGCGCGGCGUCAACAAGAAGACCAUGGCCGGCAGCGUGUUCGGCCACAAGACGAAGUAG